GCAGAAGUCAAUUGUCUUUGGACUUUUUCAUUUGCUUGUAAAUAAAAAAAUAAAAUAAAUAUAUCUCAAAUUAUGGACUGAAGUGUCGAUUACAAAUUUGAAGCUCGGAGACUAAAUUUUAAUAGCAUAAAUCAUAGUUGAGAAACAUCUCUUGCAAUACAGUACAUAAUUGCAACCAAGGAUGGAGAGUCAAAGUUGCUUUUAAAAAAAUACCAACUCGGGAGUCGGGAAUUGUGUAUUUUUCCACCGACUCUCCAUCCCUGGUUGCGACUAAUGUUACUUUUCUUUGAUUGGUUUGCGUCUUAUUGGUCAAAGAAAGUCACACAUCAGAGACUAUUGACAAACUAUUCAAUAUUUCUGUUAAGAUACCUUUACAGAAAACUAAAAGAAUGUUAUCAGAUAAAGGAGCAAUUUUUAAAAAUAUGUUUGUUACAACCCCACUUUGCUGUCCAAGUAGGGCAAGUAUUUUAACAGGUUUAUAUACACACAAUCAUGGAAUUGUUAAUAAUUCAAUAAGCGGAAAUUGUUCUUCAAAACUGUGGCAAAGUACUUUUGAAAAGGCGACUUUCAUCACUUACCUAAAAAAAGAAAAUUAUACUACGUUUUAUGCUGGAAAAUAUUUAAAUCAGUAUGGAUUUAAAGCCUCUGGUGGAGUAUCACACAUUCCUCCAGGAUGGGAUAAUUGGAUAGGUUUGGUUGGUAAUUCAAAAUAUUAUAAUUAUACUCUUUCUGUAAAUGGAAAACCUGAAUCUCAUGGAGAUGAUAGUUCAGAUUAUUUAACCACUGUAAUGACUACUAAAGCUUUGAAAUUUUUACAAUCUUACAAACUACCACAAGGUCCAUUUUUCAUGAUGCUUGCUCCUCCUUCACCUCAUAAACCUUACAUACCUGAGGAUAAAUAUAAAAAAAGAUUUAAUGAUAAGCAUGCACCUAGAACCCCAAAUUUCAAUAUUCAUGCACAAAAGGAUAAGCAUUGGUUAAUAAGACAACCACCAAAUCCAUUACCUGGAAAAGUAAUUAAAUAUAUUGAUAAUAUUUUUAAAGAAAGAUGGAGGACAUUAUUAACUGUCGACGAUAUGGUAGAAAAAUUAAUAAAUGUUUUAAAAGAAAUGAACAUUUUGAAUAAUACUUACAUUAUUUUCUCGUCUGACAAUGGAUUCCACUUAGGACAGUUUUCUCUUCCAGAAGACAAACGUCAAUUAUAUGAAUUCGAUAUCAGAGUGCCACUCAUCGUUCGCGGUCCGGGAAUAAAAUCUAAAUUGGAGUUAAUGGAGCCUGUUUUAAACAUCGAUUUUGCUCCUACAUUUAUGGAUUUGGCCGGAAUCAAAAUACCAAACGACAUGGACGGAACGUCUUUUGCAAAUUUAUUAUACAAGAAACCAAAAUCUUGGAGAAAUCAGUUUUUUGUAGAACAUAAAGGCGAAUCGGCAAAAGAAAUAAAUGGAUGUCCUCAAUAUUUGAACUCUGGAGUUAGCACAUGUGAAGUCGAUUGUAUAUGUGAAGAUUCUUGGAAUAAUACAUAUUCAUGUUUGAGAAUUUUAUCAUUACAAGAGAAUGCAAUAUGUUGCAUCUUCAAAGAUAACAAGGAUUUUAUAGAAUCUUAUAAUUUGACUGCUGAUCCAUACCAAUUGAAGAAUCUUGGUGGAAAAUUUUGUUCAAAAUAUCAAUCUGUAAAUAAGUAUCUGCAACAUAUUUUAAAUUUGAUCAGUUAAUUAAUAAUGCAUCUUUGUUAAUUAAGUCAAUAUUUUUCCCUGCGUUCUUUAUAGAAAAUCUUUAAGUUCAGGCAGAAUGUUAUACUAUGAAAUUAUAUUUUCAGAAAGGUGCCAAUAAAAAAAUUUUUCAUAAAUAAAUUUGAGUGGAAAACUAAGAUAUUGUAUUUUCAUUGGUGAUUUAACUUGAUACAUCAGAUCUGCAAUGAAAAGAAGUGUUCUUUCUAUGCCUAUCUUUUAGGCACUAAGAAUGACAAGACAAAGCAAUAAAUUCUGUCACACAUCCAAAAAAUAUGGUUCUUCCUUCAUAAAAUGGCAAAAUAUCCACUUCUUUUAAUUGGAAGUAUAUGUAUAUAUAAUAUAUAUAAUAGCUUUUCCAAUUUUCAUUGCUCAUUAGAUUGAUCAUUUUAAGAUAAUAGAUUUUUCACACUAAUAAAAUCAAUAUGAAAGACAUUCCUUCCUUUAAUGUGUAUUGUCCAUGUUGAAGUAAUAAAAUAAUCUGCAAUCAUUAUUUAAAAGUUUGUAUAUCAUAGUAAAUUCAUGAAAAAGUAUAUUCCAUUUGUACCCAAUUUUUAAGAUACUGUAUAAAGGCCAAAUAAAUUUAUAUUUUGAAUAUUAGUACUUUAAUCAUUUCUAUAAUACUUGCACAAGAAAAUAUAAUUCAUUUACUAAUUAAUGUUAUCUUUACUUCCUACAUAAUCUUGUCUGUAAUUCAGUAAAAAUAUUUCUUUCAGGCUGAAUUUACUAUAUGCAUCUAUAUUUGUUUCAAAUAAUCUUAAGAUAUCUAAAGUAAAUAUUUUCAUCAAGUUUUUAGAAGCAAACAUUCACUAUUAUAAAAAAAAAAACUUUAUUU